AGUUUCUAAUGGAAAAAAUAAUAUGCUUUGCCUAUUCAACUCAUCAAAAAUAGCGAUAGAAACAGAAAAUAUAUCAGCAGCCAAUUGUGCACAAUCAGGAAAUAGAAACCAAAAAGAAGGUGGGCAUGAUGAUAUUCUGUACUCUAGUAUCUGA